AUGUGGCGAGACUACUGUAACAGUAACCUUCGCCAUAUUGACAGUAAUGAUCUCUACGUUCCAGUCAACACGUACUCGACAGGGGGUCGGAACAUCCGGGUAGUCUCGACAAGUCAAUUGGAAGGUUUCCAUGCUGGACUGAAGAAGCUGGUGGCUCGCCCUGUCUCGGCAAGGCUUGGUCUUCGCAUCCUUGACAUUUUUAUUGUGCAACAUAUCCUUCGAAUUGAAGCAGAGUUUGGUCGAAAUCCAGACUUCGGCGCGCUAGAUUUUGUUUCACUAGCUCAAGCUGCUAUAUGGUCUCGUGGAGCUUUGCCAGCGUCACCACAGUUGUCGUUUGUGCUUCAUAUUCUAUCUGAACAACUAGAGGGGCCGCAAUAUCGAUCGGCAUCCUCCUCUACCUCAGUAGCGACCAAGAAGUUGGAUAGGAACACAUUUAUGGCGUCACUUAAUCUACACGAGAACAGUUACGAGCCGUCCGCGGGGUUCACUGCGCAAGAGUAUGAGUUGCUUCGCCAAAUUUAA